GGAUUUGGUGUCUGUCCCCCAUUUCCAAUUAUAGAUGGAUCAUUACAGACAGAGAAGUACUGAGAAUCCAGACAUCUGCUCUUCACAUGAAUGCACUCACCUCCUAGAGAACAGCCUGCCAUCAUGCUCUGGAAACUGGUUGAAAAUGUCAAGUAUGAAGAUAUCUAUGAGAUGUUAGUCCACACCUAUUCCGCCAUGGACCGGCAUGAUGGAGUACCCAGCCACAGUUCCAGGCUGUCCCAGCUGGGAUCCGUCUCGCAGGGACCCUACUCCAGCGCUCCUCCGCUCUCUCACACCCCAUCCUCGGAUUUCCAGCCGCCUUAUUUCCCACCCCCCUACCAGCCUCUUCCUUACCACCAAAGCCAGGACCCUUACUCCCAUGUCAAUGACCCCUACUCCCUAAACCCCUUGCAUCAGCCCCAGCAGCACCCCUGGGGACAGAGGCAGAGGCAAGAGGUGGGAUCAGAAACCGGGUCACUGCUGCCACAGCCUCGGGCCGCCCUGCCCCAGCUCUCGGGACUGGACCCCAGGCGGGACUACCACUCAGUAAGGAGGCCAGAUGUCCUCCUGCACUCAGCUCACCAUGGCCUUGACUCCGGCAUGGGGGACAGCCUUUCUCUGCAUGGCAUCGGACACCCAGGGAUGGAGGAGGUCCAGUCAGUUGAAGAUGCCAAUAACAGCGGUAUGAACUUAUUGGACCAGUCUGUCAUUAAAAAAGUUCCGGUUCCUCCAAAAUCUGUUACUUCUUUGAUGAUGAAUAAAGAUGGCUUCCUGGGUGGAAUUUCAGUCAACACCGGAGAGGUGUUUUGCUCUGUCCCCGGCCGCUUGUCUUUGCUUAGUUCAACUUCAAAGUACAAAGUAACUGUGGGAGAAGUUCAGAGGCGACUUUCCCCUCCAGAGUGUCUGAACGCAUCCCUCCUAGGAGGAGUCCUUAGAAGAGCCAAAUCGAAAAACGGGGGGAGAUCUUUGCGAGAAAGGCUAGAAAAAAUCGGUUUGAAUUUACCAGCCGGCAGGCGUAAGGCCGCAAAUGUCACUUUACUCACCUCCCUGGUGGAAGGUGAGGCCGUUCAUUUAGCUCGGGAUUUUGGGUACAUCUGUGAAACGGAGUUCCCAGCCAAAGCUGUUUCUGAAUACCUGAACAGACAGCACACGGACCCCAGCGACCUCCACUCCAGGAAAAACAUGCUGCUUGCUACAAAGCAACUUUGUAAAGAAUUCACAGAUCUCUUGGCCCAGGACAGGACGCCCAUUGGGAACAGCCGGCCCACCCCUAUUUUGGAACCGGGCAUUCAGAGCUGCUUGACUCACUUCAGCCUCAUCACUCAUGGCUUUGGGGCCCCCGCAAUCUGCGCUGCCCUCACGGCCCUCCAAAACUACCUGACUGAAGCUCUCAAAGGCAUGGACAAGAUGUUCUUGAACAACAACACUGCUAACAGGCACACAUCUGGCGAAGGACCAGGUAGUAAAACUGGAGACAAGGAAGAGAAACACAGAAAAUGAGAGAGAAAGAGAGAGAGAGAGAGAGAGAGAGAGAGAGAGGAAAAAAAUUAGAGAGAAAGAAAGGAAAAAGAAAAAAGUUAAAUAAAUAAGAGGAGAAAAGGGAGAGAGAAUCUUUUAAAACAAAACCUUCUUAAUUUUAGCUUUAAAAAUACUGGAUUGGGCUUUGGAAGAAUUCUAUUAGGUAGGACAAAAUAAUAAUAAUAAAAUAAAAACAAUAAUAAAGAAAGACAAUAAUUUAAGAUCAGAGGAGCACAAUGGCGCAAGACCAGUGGUUCAGAGUCUCUUGCCAGGAACGUGUGAAGACAACCACCAGGAUUUUUUUCCCACUUCUGUUCUUUCACAUUUUUUAAAUAAUGAUUUGGGGGGGAGGGGAAUAUAAUAAUAAUUAAUAAUAAUAAUAAAAGAAAGAAAUGAAUAACUUAUUGCAAGAAAUCGCAGAAACCUUUUUGGUGUCAGUGCUUUGAUUUCUUGAGCUGCACAGUCUGUCUUGCUUUUAUUUUUUUUUAUUUUAUUCUUUUUUUUGUUUGUUUUCAACAACAUCCUGUCUCCACCUUGACUAAAAUGAUCUUCCAGAGUGUUCCUUUCUGAGCAACCCCAUCAUUCCCCCCAACUCUUCCCAUCUCAUCUCGCCACCCUGGUUCUGUCUAGACUAGGAAAGGAGGGGAGGUGAGCGCACAGACCCCUCACCAAGCCAUCAACCAGCUGCUUUCAUGGCAGCAUCUUAACUUCAGGUGCCACCAGAAGGGGAGUUUCGAGUCACUAUAGUUCAGCUGAAUUAACCAACUCUAUUUUUUAAGAACUGCUUUGUUUUUCCUGGUCUAGACAGACUCUCUGUUUAGAUGACCAGUGUUUACAGGCGUGUCUGGGUGUGUGUGUGCCUCUGUGUGUGCAUCUGUGGAUGUGCACACACACCUCCUCAGGGGGGUGUGUGAAUGCUGUGUAUGUUUGUGUAUAUAUAUGUAUAUAUGUGGAUAUAUACAUAUAUAUAUAUAUAUAUAAAAUAUGUGUGUAGAACCGCACAUAUUAAUGCAUGCAAACAUACCUUUGUAAUUUAGUACUUGUCCUUGAUGGUAAAAUGCCUUGUCUAUAAAUGGGUUGCAAAAUCUGGAAGUAAGGUCUGGUAAAAUGUCAGCACUAUCUGAUUUCUUAAUUUUCUGAGAUCUCCUCUUUUUCUCUAGGGAGUUUUAUAUUCCUAACUAUGCCAAUGUUUCAGUCCUUAAUUUCCUUGACUAGUGUGUGUGAGAGAUAUCUUCCCCCAUUUUUAAAGAACUGUUAACAACAACAAAAAAUGAGUGAUAUGAGUAUGUAAUUCUUUCUCAGGAGUAUGCACUAUUUUAUUUUCUUCUGUUUCCUAAAGCUUUGCCCGCUUGGCUUAUGAGCUUCUUCAAAGAGGACUAGAGAUCCCUACACAAUAUAUCAGGUACAGAGAAAAAAAAUCCACAAUUCUGAUAUUCUGAUACUUUUUAUUUUUUUGCUUUUUUUUUGCUUUUUCAAAUCAAAGCCAGUUGUUACAGAAUUCUGUAGGUGCACUUCUUUAAAGAAGCUCAAAGGGAAUAAUUUGAAUGAGAUAAAAAUAUAAGUUGAAAUCAAGGUGUACUCUUGCAAAGAAAAUAAGAGCUGUGUUGAAUGUUACCGCACUUGCUUGGCACUAGGGUUUUGUACCCAGGGAGGAAAGGGUUGCCAUGUGAGCUGGUUCCUCGUGAUGGGAGUGGGGAGGGUUUGCCAGGGAAUAUCCUGAUUUCUGAACUCAGUCUGAGGAAAUCUGUUUCUCUUAGAAAGCUUUUUAAAAAAAAUAUCUUGUGACUCUUUGCUUUUGAACAAGUCGGUGUGGUAAGGGGGGAAAAAAAACUUCUUAAUUCCAAUGUUUUUCUCGGUGGUUUGGUGUCUGACAGGAUGUCUUAUGCAUAUGAUUUGGGCUGAUGAGGGUGGAGGGGAAUUCUUAUUUCUUUCCUCUCUUUUUUUUUUUUUUUUUAAUUUUUUUUAACAUACGUUUCUUUGUCUUCUCUGGUAAAAAUAACUCUGAAGUGUAAGGAUGUGAAUUUCUGUUUGGAUUCUGCUGUCUCGGGUACUUGCAUGUGUUUCUCAGUGGGGUAGGGUUCGUGCACUAACACAUCUUUUUGCUUAUGUCAGAACAGUUACUGGGUGUGGGUAAAACCUCCUGGAGUCACUGGCAAAAUUCCACUGGGGUCAGGUCUCCCCCCAGGAUCCCUGUUAAAGCUGCAGGACUCAAUCCCACCACCCCAAGCAGGCCCACCUGAACUCAAAACAAGAGAGAGAGAGAGAGAGAAAUAAAAGAGAAACCUUAGCCUUGCUUUAAUUUCUAGAUACCUUCCAAACUGGAUGGUGGGGGAGAAUCAAUUCAGCAAUACUCUCAACAUCCCUCAAGAGAAUUUCCUUAAAACAUAAAGCAAACAAUCCUCUUGUCACCCUUAGUGUCCUUAGCUCCCUGAGACAUGGUUACACUUGAGGACCUGCCCUGCUUUUCAUAUCUUUGUGCAGCAAGGUCUCAGCUCUUGUUCUCUAUUUGUGAUUUGGGCAUGUGUGUGGCAACAGAAACCCAGGAAUCAUCCGGCUCCAAGGAGCACUGACCCCUGUGGAGCUGCUCCUUGUUCACGGACCUUUGGUUCUUCUGGGGCAGAGUGCAAUAGGGGAUCUCCCGUGAGAAAAUGGGGGAACUGAGGCAAGUAGCCUUCUCCAUGGGCUGUUGGGAUGAGUUGCAGGUAUCCUUAGACCCUGGUAUGUCCCUGCCAGUGGGUUUGGUUGUGGCAGGGGUUGGCACAGCCCUGAGGAUGUCACCAGAGGAGGUGUGGUGGUCAAUCCUCAUGGAUCCCUCACCAGCAGGUUGGGGAUUCCCAGGCUGAAAAGCAACCCCCAGGCAGCUCCCAGUCCUCCAAAACCUACCCCUCGCCAACCACCUCCACUUUCAUCAGACCUCUAGGGAAGGGCACUCCAGACUCCAGUGCAGGGCAUGUCCCAGCAGUGAUGUGCGGGACAGGGAGAGGGUAUGUGUGUGUAUCCGGGGAGGAACAAAUGGCACCACCCCAAAGCACAUCUUCCUUCUCUACCUGAUGAGAAUAUUCUGUUUAUUGAAGCAGAGCACAAAGUGCUGGAUGUUGCUUUGUCUGCCCUCUGCAAACAGGAUUUUUUGGGUCCAGCCCUCCAGAAUCACCCAGUGGGGCUUUUGGGUGUGGGGAGCCCCCAAGUUGGCUCUCAGUCUUCCACCUCCCCAGCUGCACACACAGGCCCAUGGGGACCUGCUCCCUGCCAUCCCAGAGCUUCCAGCUGAAGGCUCUGGGGGAAUGUUGGGAUGGUCUUCCCUUGUCUUUGGGAGAAAUAUUGGGAAUGCUCUUUUUAACUGCAGAAGGCAGUUAUCCCACCACCACUGUGAGUUAAUGAGGAGAGGGAACCUUUGGAACUUCUUGGGGAAAGAGCUGCUCACACGUGUUAAGGCCUCAUCCUGCUGCUGCUGAAAUCUCCCCUAGGCACAGAUUUGGUCACCUGGAUCAGGACCUAAACGUUGAGCAUGUUGAGGAAAGAGUUUCAAUCUGUCUCUCGUGCCUUCUACCUGGAAGAGACAGACUGCACUUGUCAGGCUGUGCAUCACUCAGGCAAAAUAAAGCCAAAUUCCCAUUGAUCGCAGGGGGAUGCCCCCUAUUUGUCCCCCAAAGUAUGGAGACAAAAUCCACGAGGUUUGUGAUUGAAAUGCAAACAGGGAGAAAACAUAACAUAGAAGCACAUAUCUCUGUUUUCCCUCUGGCUUCGUGCUGCUCUCAGAGGGAAAUAUCCUUUACUUGGUGGCCCCUAUCAGUGCUGAGAGAGAUGUUCCCCCCCAAACUAAACUCAACCUCCCUCUGGAAGGCAUUUUCCUGCUCCCCUCCACUUUCCCAGCCCGACUACUUGUGUUGGCGGGGCACCUCAGACGUUUAUCUGAUAAUUGAGUUAUUAAAAGAUUUGGUUUCCUCGGGAUCAUAAAUCAAUAAACAGGAGGAUUAACACGGCAGCUUUGCUUUGUAACUCAAGGGAAAAGUUUGAGGAGAGACCGUGAAAAGUUUGUUUUCAAACCAAACAGGUGGGUUGCUGUAAAUUUUAUUUCAUUCUCAGUCUCGAUUUUUUUUUUAAUAACAAUUCUCUGUUUGCCGUUGGAAAGAUCUUUGUUUUUGUACGCUCCCUGACCUUUUUUUUUUUUUCCUGGUUGUUAUUCAUACAAGAUGUGAAGGAAACAAGAAGCCAGUUUUAUGGGAAUCCUUUUACAACCCGAUGAUUUCUUUAAAAUCGGGUCGUGUCUUGUCCCACCUAAUAGAAAUUCUCUGUGAGAAGCUGUUUAAAGUCCCUUUGCAUCCCAGACCAACCUCCUCCCAAAUCCCCAAAUUUGCAUUUGGGACCGGGAAGGAGGGGGGGAAGGAUGGUUUUAAGACCUUCAGCUGUGCCCAAAGGGCUUAUUCCCUUUCCCUGCUCAUCUCUUUCUGACCGGUUUACCAUACAGACCUGUCCGGCUCUAUUUUAAUGCGUUUCUCGGAGAAUUUGGUGCUUGUUUCGUCUGCCGUAAGCGUUGCCAGAUCGAUCCGGCCAACCUCCCCCUCCCCUCCGGCUUCCCUGUGUGAGAGACCGUAGGCUUUUUACAAAUAGUAUAUUUUCUUAUACAAAGGGAAAAAAAAUAAAAGAAAACAUCCCCAAACACACUGGUAAACGCCUGAACAUUGAGAGAGAGACGAAACACUGUGUGCCAGCAAGAUAUAAAGAAAAAAUAAAAAACCCCAACCAAUGCAAAGCUCUGAAAAAGCAAAUGAGAAACUGGAAAGAUGAAAGAAAAAAUAAUAAAUUCUCCUUUUAUGCCCCAAACAAUCCUUUUCACCUCCUCUUCUUGAAAAAUCUGACCAUGCAGUGAGAAAUAUCAGUUUAUCGACUCUUCCUGAGAAGAAGUGCGGAGAGGCAUUCAGUAUUGAGUUUGUAUAUAUUUAUUUAUGCUUAAUUUAACGGGAAUGUGUAAAUAUGGCGAGCAAGUAGUUUUUGGGUUAUUUAUCUGUGACUCUAUACCUCUGUGAAUGGGUGGGGGAAUUUAAAAACAAAAAGUAUAUAAAAAAACAAACAAAAAAGAAAGAAAAAAUAAAACCAACAAAAAAAAAAUCCCGCUUGACUAGAUAGUAUCCUAUCUGAAUCUUUUCUGUUCUUUAUAGACAAGCUGUUAUGGUAAUGGGUAGAAAUUGGUUUCUUGUCCAGUGAUGACCUGAUUUACAUAAAUAAUAAGAAUAAGAAUAAAAAAAAAAGAGAUUGUUGUGUUUUGUUGUAUUUUCCUCUUCAGUUUUUUUGAAUGUUGGUGCUGCUUUGAUUCUGCAGACGGAUUUACUUAUAACGCCAAGAAGUCUUUAUUUUCCCACUCUAGGCUUUGGGGAAAUUCAGGACAUGUCUCUACAUUAAAAAAAAAAAAAAAAGUCAAAAAAAA